AUGUUUCUGAUGUUUGGUUUCACUUGGUUAAUUACAAUGAUAGCCACUACUCUGAUCUACAUUCCAUUGUUCUACAGACUAAACAUAAUUAGCACUUAUGAGUAUCUUAAUAGAAGAUUUGGACAGAUGGUGAGAUAUCAAGUUGUUUGUUGCUUCAUGAUAUAUAUGUUCUUUUAUCUUGGCAUUGUCACGUAUGCACCAUCAUUAGCACUAAGCCAGGUUACUGGAAUAAAUUUGUGGAUUUCUAUUGUAACCACUGCAUCUGUGUGUACACUCUAUACAGCACUGGGUGGUAUCAAAGCUGUUGUGUGGACAGAUGUUUUCCAGCUGUGCAUCAUGAUUAUUGGCCUUCUGACAGUCCUGAUUCAGGGAUCAAUUCACAUUGGUGGGUUUGAAAAACUUUGGAAUAUUGCUGAGAAUGGCAGCCGCAUUAACUUUUUGGACUUUGACCCUGAUCCAAGGCGAAGGCACACUUUUUGGACUAUAAUUGUUGGAGGCACAUUUGGAUGGACCGCAACAUAUAGUUGUAAUCAAGCCCAAGUACAAAGAUACCUCGCCUGUAAGAGUGAAAAAGAAGCAAAGAAAGCUGUAUUUCUGAACUGGAUUGGUAUGAUUAUUGUUCUUACGACAGCAUGCCUGUGUGGUUUAGUUAUGUAUGCUGUUUUUGAGACAUGUGAUCCAAUAAAGGCAAACAAAAUUAGUAACACCAACCAGAUGAUGCCGUUACUGGUUGUUGAAAUUUUGGAUGAGGUUCCUGGAGCAGCUGGACUCUUUGUUGCCAGUGCAUACAGUGGUACAUUGAGCACAAUGUCCUCUGGUAUCAGUGCAAUGGCUGCAAUCUUUGUGGAAGAUUUUAUAAAGCCUAUGUGGAAACCCUGGGAAGAGUUUUCUAACGGGAAGAAGACUCUGGUCACAAAGCUCCUAGCUAUGAUCUUUGGACUUGCAACAAUAGGCCUGGCUGGGGUAGCUUCUCUGUUACAAGGCAAUAUAAUUCAGGCAUCUCUAAGUGUAGCAGGAAUAAUUCAAGGUCCCAUUCUGGGUGUAUUCACUUUAGCAGCCUUGUUUCCGAAGAGCAAUGAGAAGGGUGCAUUUGUAGGUUUGUUUGCUGGAUUGUUGCUUUCGAUAUGGCUAGGAAUUGCUGCUCAGAUCUAUCCACCAGCUGAUAAAUUCACGGGAUUACUCACAACAUCAGUAUCAGGCUGUCCACUGUCAAACUUCACCACCUCAACACCAAUGAAUGGAACAGCUCUGAUAACAACCAUUAUGUCUCCAAUUCAAGAAAGGCCCAGCAUAGCAGAAGAUUUCUACUCCUUAUCCUAUCUCUAUUACAGCCCAAUCGCUUGUCUGAGCACCGUAUUCGUUGGAUUAACAAUUAGUUUAUUCACUGGUGGAAAUAAAGAGGUGGAUCCUGCACUGAUUUCUCCUAUUGUACACACCAUUCAUAAAUUAUUCUUCAGGAUUAAACAACGUCUUCAAAAACCAAAAACUAAUAACAAGUCAGAAAGCCUGUACACAGUGUUCAAGGAAAAUCCUACAAGCUGUGAGAAAACAACACAAUUUUAAAUCCUUCAAGAUCAACCAGGAUGUAAGACAUUGAAGGUGUGGGUAAUUAACAAUUAGUUUUUCAAUGAAAUGCCACUGGAUUUCUACAGAAUGAGUGAAUAAAGCAACCACAUUUCAGAAAAUUAUCUGAUGUUAUUUCUUUCACUGUUAUGUGAGUAGGUUCUUUUUAGUUUUUCCAAUUACCACACAUUGGCUUAGAAAUUUAGAUGCAAAGUGCAUUAAAAUUGGUUACAUUUGUGUGUAGAAUUGAUUGUGAUGCUUUUUGGUUUAAUCCUGCCUCCCUGGAACUUAAAUUGCAUUUUCCGAUUUCCCAAUUGUAAAGCCCCUUCUUCCAUCUGGUGUGAUUUUUCUAUCAAACAUUUCUUCCCAACAGUUAUCCACCAGGUCUGCAGAUGCUGGAAAUCCAAGCAAUACACACACUUUCAUGGAAGUCCUGAUGAAGGGUCUCAGCCUGAAACAUUGACUGAUUGGUCUUUUCCAUUGAUGCUGCCUGGCCUGCUGAGUUCCUCCAACAUUUUGUGUGUGUUGCUUAGUUAUCUAGAAUCAUCCCUCUACCCCUAAAGCUAUGACGGAAACUCCCAGUCAGUCUGAUACUAUCUCCCUCAAUUAACCCAGGCCCUGACUCCCCAUUAGUUUGAUACCAUCUCCCUCAAUUGACCCAUCAUUUUGACAACAUUUCCCUUAUCUGGCCCAGGCCCUGACUCCCACCCAUCAUGCUCUAUCUGAUUUACUCUAGACCAGGGGGUUCUCAACCAUUUUUAUGGCAUGGACCCCAGGAACCCCUGUUCUAGACCCAUCCUGAUUGGCCUGAUACCCAAAUGUGACCUGCCUGGGGCUCCAAUUUCUUUCCCUUCAGAUCUCCCCUUACUUCACAGCAAGGUAAUGAUCACUAGCCAGCUACUAUCAUCACUGUAACCCCUGUGCCGUAUUUGGGAUGUUGUAUCUGGCCAGCUAACACCAGCUGUAUUUUUUCCAAAACCCAGGUCACUCCCAUGAUUUGAUAGCCAGUCACCCAUCAUCCCUCAUUUCCCAACCCCCAGGGAGGCCCCGCGAUCAAAAUUUGUAUUUGCGUGGUGGCUAAAGAUCCUAUGGCAUGUUUUAAAGUGGAUGUCAAUUUCCUGAUCAAAGUGUUUCAGCUGUGUGUAGAAUAAAUGUCAGAUACAUUUAUCACUUGCAAAUCUUUUGUAGAGUUGCUACUGUGUCACUUCAUGAGUGAUAGCAAGGAAAACAGGUGAAAUUAAGAAAAGGUGACAGGAUGGAGAUAGAUUUCUACCAAAGGAGGUAUAAGACGCUCCUUCCCUCCACUGGCCUGCAAGUCACUCUUGGGCAAGGUGUAGCACCUGCUUAGUCCCCGAUCAGGCUCAUGUGAAGCCAUGGGAUCAGGUGGUGGAUGGUCGUAUGAGCAGCCAGUGCACAUCACAAGUCCUGUUUAUGAGACCACUGACACCAGGCAGACACUGAGGAGUUUUGAUAAUGGCUGGGGUCACCCAUUUUGUAAAGAUACGGCCCAGAAAAAAGUAAUGGCAAACCACCUCUGUAGAAAAAUUUGCCAAGAAUAAUCAUAGUCGUAGAAAGACCAUGAUUGCCCAUAUCAUACGACUUGGCACAUAAUGAUAAUGAUGAUGAAGAGAAAGAAAUGAACUGAUGACAGGAAGGAGAUGCCUUUGAGUUACAUCUGGUAUGGCUUUUAAGAUGAUGGAUUGGGUCUGCUAAGUACUUGAUACCAGUAUCAGAACCAUUUUUAGACUGGGCCCUCUUUUCAUUCAUUUACAGAAUGAAUAAAAGUUUGCAAUGUCAACACUAAUUGCUUAAUCCUAGCUACCUUUAAAAGGGUGGUAGCGAUCCACCACCUUAAACUGCUGGCAUUGGCUGCCCUUGGUAGUAGAGAUUAUGGGUUUGGUGGGUGACAUUGUAGCAACUUGGGUGAGUGAAUUUUAUUAUUGUAUAAGUUACCCACUGCAACCAUUGCAUGCUUGCGGUUGGGGCUGCUAAAGUUUAAUCAGAAUCAAUCUUACUAUCACUGACAUAUGUUGUGAAACUUGUCUUACAGCAACAGUACAGUGUAAUACAUAAAAAUGUUACAAUAAGACAUAUAAAAAUAAGUACUGCAGAAAGAGAGCAAGGGACAGAUGAAGUGUACAUGGUUCAACGUACAUUUAGAAAUCUAAUAGCAGAGGGGAAGAAGCUGUUUCUGAAAUGUUGAGUGUGUAUCCUCCUCCAUGAUGGUAGCAAAGAGAAGAGGGCAUGUCCUGGAUGAUGGAGAUACUUAAUGAUGGAUACUGCUUUCUUGAGGCUUCAACUUUUGAAGAUGUUGUCAAUGGUGGGGAAUCAAGUGAUGUGGGCUCUAAUCUGCCUAGUAUUGUUUCAGAAAAUUGAGAGUAUUCUAUUGAACUUUUGAAUUUAUGUUGGUGGAAAAUCUUUGAGGACUCAGGAGGUGAAUUCACUUCCAAAGUUCAAAGUACAUGUGGACAAAAAUUUAAAGCAUUAUUACCAAUUAGGGACCAAAGGGGGUAAGCCAUUUCUGCCACGACAGCAGUACUAUGUGUUCUUGGUAAACUACCAACUAACUAACCGUACCCAGCUAUGAGUAACUGACUUGCAAGCUUGCUUGUACUUUCUUUGGAAUCAUUGUUCCGUAAUCUGCCCUAACGCUGCAGGCAGAGUAACUUUUAAGCUGAUUGGUGCUUCGGGUUAUCACCUUGAACAUGGUGUGAAACUUCUCUAUUCUAUUUGUGUGAUUAAGUGCUUCUUGUUACGUUGAUUUUGACUAUACA